ACUAAAAACCCUAAUUUUCGCUCCCUUCGCUUUCUCUCUCUCUCUCUCUCUCUCUGCAUCUGUUCCCUAAAUUCCUAACCCUAGCUUUCUCUCUUCUCUCUCUAAUGGACACGGCACGGGAGGGGAAGCCCUACGACGCCGUAUCGGGGGAAGGACUAGGCGCCGGAGGCAAGUUCCGGAAGCGGCCGUUCCGGCGGGCCGCUAAUACCACGCCGUACAACCGCCCGCCGACGGCUCUCAGAAACCCUAGCAUCGUCAACCACAACAACAACGGCAAUGGCUGGCUCUCGCGACUCGUCGAUCCCGCUCAGCGGCUCAUCGCCUCCAGCGCCCACCGUCUCUUCUCUUCCGUCUUCCGCAAGCGCCUCCCUCCGCCGGCGCCGCAGAAGCCUCCGGAGUCACCUUCCACUUCGGAAGCAAACCGGGAAGUGAGGGAUAAAGAACAGGAAGCGAGGGAUAAGCACCAAGAAGCGAUUGUCAUAGAUUCGUCUGGACUGCAACCAGGGGCCAUUGAUCGGGGUGACAAUUCACGUAGUUGUUCUGACAAAGGUGGUGUGACUGAGCUUGAGCAACUUUUAAAGCAGAAGACCUUUACAAGAUCUGAGAUUGAUCGCUUGACAGCCUUGUUGCAUUCAAGAACUGUUGAUAUACAUAUUGGGGAUGAAGAGAAAAAGUCUGAAGGAAUUUCACCAGAAGCAUCAGUGUAUCAUGACAGAAGGGAGGAAUUUACAAAAGCUCCAGCUUCAGAAAAUGGGAUUGGAAGCCACCUCAUUUCAACCCCUCUCAUUAGUUCAAGAGUCCUUGAUGAGGAUGUUGCUUCACCUGCAGAGCUUGCAAAAGCUUACAUGGACAGUAGGCCUUCAAAAGUAUCCCCAUUAAUGCUUGGUAUACGCAGUCAAGGAUUUGUGGAAGAUCCAAUCGUGAUUAGUAGUCGGCCUUUUCCGCCAAAAUCACCCAUUAUGCCACUUGUGCCACGGUCCACUGGACAUGCUGGGUAUCCUGAAAAUGGUUUUAUGACACCGAGAUCUCGAGGCAAAUAUGCAAUCUAUAGCAUGGCUCGAACACCAUAUUCCAGACUUCAACCAGCCUCUACCCUCAAGGGUGUUGGGCCCAUUGUUGCUUAUGAUGGGCCUUCAUCGUCAUCUCAGGCUGCAUGGGAGCAGAAUAAACUUUCUGACUCUAAACAGGGGGCUUUAAAACGUAGAAGUUCAGUCUUAGACAAUGAUUUGGGAUCUGUUGGUCCUAUACGUAGAAUUCGUCAUAAACCUAAUCUUCUAUCUUCAAGAGGGUUGAGUUUCCCAGUUUCUGGUAGUCCUCUUUCUAUUCGUGGAACUGGAUUUGGUCCUGGUGCUGCUCAACACCCUUCCUCUUCAGUGCAAAAGCCACUUUUACUGGUUGAAUCUAAGGGAAACUUGACAAAGAUGUCCACAGAAAUUGGGGAUAACAGCAUGCCAACUACAAGUUUCCCCCCUGUUUCCUCCAAGUCCAGUGAGAUGGCUUCGAAAAUUUUGCAGCAACUUGAAAAGUUGGUUUCGCCAAAAGAGAAAUCAUCUGAGCUCAAGCUAGGUUCUUUGAGGGACAGCUCACCCACUAAGUUGUCGACAUCUAUGUUACAUGGAAAGGCUCUUAGAAGCCUGGAGACUGUAGAAUCACCAAAAUUUCUGGAAAAUGGACGAGAUAAUAAUAACUUGGUUACAUUAUUUGACACUGUGUUACCUGAUACUCUAGACACAACUUCUCAAAAACAAAACAAAGUAAAAGAAAAUGGCCUGUUGAAGCUUGUUGCUCCUUGUGACAGAUCACUUCCUGUAGUAAACAUGGAUUAUAAAGCUCCAAACAAGGACACCUCGCCCAGUGUCAAAACUGCAGAUUCUGCAUUGAUGAACUCUGUCACCCAUCCUUUACAAACGAAACGGGCUUUCCAGAUGAGUGCACAUGAGGAUUAUUUGGAUCUGGAUGAUGACCAUCCUGAUGGAGCUGCACCUACUCUAUUGGUUGAAGAGAGAGACAAGGUUGAUGUUUCUGUGGCAGAGAGGAAACCCAAUUUUGCCGAAGCAGCAACACCAGAGAAUCCUCCAUCUCUAUUGGGAUUUCAGCUGCCUGCAAUUUCUGAAUUGAACCGAAAAUCAGAUUUGGUUACUUCUGACAGACCUGUGGUUGCUGAAAAUAGCACUGGCUUUUCCUUUCCAAAGGCUACUUCUGCCAAUAUAGCUGCUGUCCAGCCUGCUACAGCAGUGAGACAGUCAUCCUCAGCAUCUGAUAAAUCUGCACCACCAAGGGAAUUAAAUGUUGCACCUCCCAUUUUUAACUUUGGAGAUAAAAUUGCUUCACCAAAGGAACCAAAUGCUGCUUCCACAGCUGCUACCUUUGUAUCUAUUUCGAGUGCUGAUAAAGUUCCACAGUUUACAUUUGUUUCCUCGUCUUCGGCUGGUGAAUCUUCAGGCCUCCAAUUUGGUGUUUGUUCUGACCCUAAACCGGAAAGCACAAGCAGCUUUUUCACUAUUAGUGCGACUGAUUCUGUACCAAAAGUACCUGAAUUGGAUGGAGCUGGAAUCACUUCAAGGACACCAGAAACUGCACUUUCAUCUGCUACAUCAUUACCUACACCUACUGCAAGUAUUGGUGCCAAUAAUUCCAUCUUCAGUAAUGGGUAUUUUGCUUCGAUCCCUUCUUCAGUCUCUAUCCCCAUUCCACCUGUUUUUAAUAGUGUUCACGGUCAAAAUUCAUCCAAUAGCUCUACCCCUGCUGUUACUCCCACUGGCAGCAGUAGCAGCAGCACCACCACCACCACCACCACCACUGCCUUCACCGCCAUUACUGGCAGUAGCAGCCUCUCUGUCUCCACUGGAGCAGCACCUUCAUUUUUAGCAACACCUAUUUUUAAAUUUGGAUCUACAGUUUCAUCAACUUCAACUUCACCGGUAGCUGCUGCUUCUGGAAUAGAAUCAGAAGCAGUCAAGACUAGGCCAGAUACAAGCUUUGGCAAUCUCAGCAGCAAUCCUUUUGUUGGCACAUCUGCUGCAAAUCCAAGUACAGGAAGUAGCAAUUUUGGAUUUAGUGCUGCAGUCACUUCAACUGCUAAUGAUCAGUCUGAGGGUUCUCUUUUUGGUGCUGGCAGUGGAUCUGUGCUUAAUGCACAGGCAUCCACUGCUGUCUCUGGGGUCUCAACUUUAAGCAACAGCAUGCCCAUGCAAUUCAGUUCGACUUCAUCGUCCCCAUCUUUUGGAUUGGCUGGGAAUACAGCUCUCUCUUCUGGCAGUUCUCUGUUUGCUGCCUCAACUUCUUCUGCGAAACUUUUCAAUUCAGGUGCUGCUUUUGGACUUAGCUCUUCUGCUUCCUCUUCUGAGGCCAGCACCAGUAGUGCUAUAGGUGGUACUACUUCAAGCUUGUUUGAUUCCAGUUGGCAGUCUACAAAGUCGAACCCAAUAUUUGGUUCGGCUUUUAAUUCUACCUCUUCCUCAGCUGGGUUGUCCUCAGCAUCUACAGCAUCUGUUCCUGCUACUACAUCACCAUCAACUGGGUUUUUCUUCACAGCAUCUACAGCUGCUGCUAAUGCUACAUCUCCGCCAUCUGUGUUUACAUUUGGAGCGCCUGCACCUUCUGUUGCCGCUACUAGCAGUUCACCUGGUAUAUUUGGAUCAUCUAUUGGGGCGUCAUCUGGUCCCGCUUACUCGUUCACUUCAAGUAUGGCUGCUCCCUCGUCGCAGCCUGUCUUUGGUAACCUUAGUCCGGGCUUCGCAUUUAAUUCAGCUGCUUCAGGAAAUAAUGAUCAAAUGAAUAUGGAGGACAGCAUGGCAGAGGAUACUGUUCAAGCAUCCAUGCCUGCAGUUCCAGCAUUUAAUCCACAUCCUGUCGCACCUCCUCAAUCUAGCUUUGUGUUUGGUUCAACACCUACACCUACAUCAACAGCAAGUCCCUUUAAUUUUGGGGCCCCCCAACAGAAUUUGGGCACAGUACAGAACCCAUUUCAGGCUUCAAACAGUUUAGGAGGGAGCUUCUCAGUGGGUGCUGGUGGCGGGGACAAGUCUGGUCGAAAGAUUGUCAAAGUUAGUCGCAAGCUACGGAAGAAGUAAAUUUAUCAAUCAUUACAGACAAUUGGUACACCCUUGUCAAGUUCUACAGAUGCUAUUGAUGGACAAAUAAUGAUAAUGGUAAGAGGUCAACAGCAAGAGACGGCUGUUUCUGUUGGUCACACGCCUGCAUUUGAUCGGUGCGGACAAAGGUAAAUGACAAGUUUACAUGGUUUCUUGCUCCUCUACAAGUUUUCUUGUCUUAAAGGUUGCAGUGCAGUCGUAAGUUUUCACAAUUUUGUAUUAGUUUAGCAAAUCUGAGGACAUUUGUGCUUGUACUAGUUAGUAGUCGUGGUUCUUAGGAUUUGAGGUUGGGCAACUGUGCCGUUGAUGGACGAUGGUGUUAUGUGUACUCUUAUUUGUAACAUAAAUAGAAAAGGGCAUGAAUCUGUUUAAGAUAGCAGAUCGCUCACUCUGAUUUUUGUUUUGGCAGGAUGCCUUUAUGGGGGCCAUAUUUUCUUGUUUGA